AUGUGGCCACCUUCCAACACUCUUGAAGCAGCAGCUGGUAGAGUCCGCCUAGUCAAUUCUUCAUCAUAUCCCAAGUUACUUGCCAAGAAUGAUCACUUUUGUCAAGCACGAUUACUGUCCGUGUCCGAACCAGAAAUCCGAGACACGAAUCCUCAGUACAUCAAUCAACAUACCAGAGCGCACACGUCCAGUAAUUCAUUUCAUUCUGAGUCAAUUAACCUAGAUUCCGAUAAUAUACUCACCUUAGAGCAAAAAACUUCAUUCCAGCAAGUUCUACAAGAUUAUGACCAUGUUUUUGAUAAGCAUAUUUCUUGCUACAAUGGUGCGUCAGGCCCUUUUGAAGCUGUUGUAAAUAUGGGACCGGUUCAGCCCCCACAGCGUAAAGGUCGCCUUCCCCAAUAUGCUCGUGACAGACUAUGCGGAUUACAGGCCAAAUUUGACGAACUUGAAUCUGAGGAGAUGAAGGAUGAUUGGUGUUAUAUUCGAAAGUUUUCAGGAUCACAGCUUCGUUCCGCCUCCUACAAAGUCAAUCUAAAUGAAUGUUACAAAGUCCCUAGUUAUGUUGUUCCUAAUAUUGUUCAUCGAAAGGACGACAAUGACAGCGAUGAGGAAGCUGACGUACCCGAUGUUACUCCCCAGUCUGUUAUGAUUGAUCCACCCUACAUUCCUCCCGAAGCACCACCUGAGAUAACUCUGCCAGAAGAACCAUCUGUUGAUUCUACAGUUGCUCCAUCAACCUCCCUUCAACGACCAAAGAGACUCCGCAAACUACCAAAAUAUCUAAAUGACUAUGAUUUAUCGUACUAG